AUGGAAUUGUUAUUAUUCACAAGUCUCCUUUGUUUAACAAUUUUUCUUGGGUAUUUAUAUUUGAAACGACAGUUUUCUCCAUCAUUUGAUGAUCCACCUGGAAUGAAACCUCAAAUUUUGGUUGGAAAUCUAAUUAAUUCAGGUCUAUUGUCAGGAAAAAGAACUUUUCCUGAAAUAUUGAUUGACUAUCAACGUCGAUAUGGUGACAAAUUCAUGUUUUGGUUCGGGCCACAUAGAUGUAUAGUAUUUUGUAGACCUGAACAUGCUCAAAUUAUAUUUACAGACCGUCACAACUUCGAACAAUCACCUUUAAUUAUGCCAAAUUUUGAUUUACUUUGUCCUUAUGGAAUUUCUUUGCUAACAGGUGCUAAAUGGAAACGUCAUAUUCGAGUUAUGUUACCAAUGUUCAAGCGAGCAAAGAUGAUAACUCAUUUAGACACUAUUCUUCAAUGUACCGAUCGUUUUAUCGAUCGAAAUCUUCAUGAUGGUCAAAUACAUCGACAUCUUGUAAGUUGUUGUCAAUCAUUGACGAUGAAUCUCAUUGGAUUUAUUGGUUUUGACUAUGAUUUCGAUGUUCAAACAGAUUCACCAUUGAAAAUAGCAUUUGAAGAUUUUGUUUUCUAUGCAGUGCAUAUAAUGAUGAUGCCUUGGCUACCUCGAUGGUUGGCUAAAAUCUAUUUGAAAUUCAAUUUGAAAUAUCAACGAGCUCAUCGAUUUAUUCGUCAAGUUACAGAAAAGAUUGUGGAAGAAGAACAAAAUCAACAAUAUGAAACAGAAAAUCGUCGACCAAAGAAUCUUAUUGCAUCGCUUGUCUCAUCAGUUAAUGAAGAUGCCAAUGAUCAAAAAAUCUCAUCAGGUUUGACACGUGCAGAAAUGCUUGAUGAAGUAUUAUUGUCAAUAAUGGCUGGAUAUGGUACUACAUCGGCAGGUCUAUCAUGGUUCAUCUUUUUUCUCAGUAAAAACCCUCACGUACAACAACGUAUGAAAGAAGAAUUACGUCAACAUAAUCUUAUGAUGACAGAUGAUGUUGAAUGUGCGUCACCGUUGACUGAAGAAAAAUUGUCUUCACUUAUCUAUUGUGAAUGUGUUACAAAAGAGGUCUUUCGUUUGGCUCCUACUAUUAGUGUAACCACACGCCUGGUAACUUGUGAUACAAAUAUUGAUAAUGUCCCAAUUCAUUCUGGUCAAAUUAUUCUCAUUGGUUUACUCAAUAUGAAAACUGAUGAACGAUAUUGGAAUAAGAAUCCAAAGGAAUUUAUACCAGAACGAUUUUUAAUCGAAGAUAAAAAUUAUCAUACAUACGCUAUGGUCCCAUUCGGUGGUGGACAUAGAGCAUGUCUUGGACAAGAUUUAGCAUGGAUAGUAUUGAAAUUGGUUAUUAUUCGAUGUAUGCAACAUGGAAUCAUAUUCGAAGAUACUCCAGAGAAUACCGGUGGUUAUGAAGAAAAACUUGCUUGUCGUCCGAAAAAUUUGGCAGUACGUAUACGUUUUGAUCGACAUUAA